AUGGACGGGCGACUUCCUUGGCAGCGGCAGCUCUACGAGUGUGAACACCUCAUUUGCCAGCGAGACGCCAUCCUCUCCGAGCGUACUCGCCACGCGGAGAGUCUGGCCAAGACCUUGGAGGAGUACAGAACCACAACCCAGGAACUGAGGCUGGAAAUCUCACACCUGGAGGAGCAGCUGAGUCAGACCCAUGAGGGGCUGGAUGAGCUACCCGAAGGGGCUCAGGUGAGGAGAGUGGACUGGACCAAGCUGCCACCACCAUCGCUGGGUGUGGAGAUCCAGGCCAUUCGGCAGAAACAAGAAGUGGCAGCCGCCGACCUCUCCAGCCCUUUGUGUGGCGUGUGGCAGUGGGAGGAGGUCAUCAAUGAGACCAAUGAGGAAGCUGAGUUUCCACCUGAAGCCCCAACUGGGGGGCAGAGACACUUCCAGGGAGAGCCUGCGUACGCUCAUGAAGGAAGGAAGGAGCGAUCAAUGUGGUUGCCCAGAAGAGAGAAAGAAGAGGAAGCAGAGAUCCGGGUCACGGUGGAUCUCCCCAUCCCUCUGGGAGACUCACACCCUGGAGACAUCCCGGGAAGCCCUCCCGAGAGCAGGCCCUCAGAGCCGGAGCUGCAGCAAGCCCUGGUGCCGGUGGUGAAGGAGCUGGUCCCAAUCAGGAGGCCAGUCUGGGGCCACCUCUGCCUGCGCCCCCUGCACCCCCAGCAGCUCAGGUGCACCCCAAGGCGUCUCCAGAGGGAGGGUGAUGGUCAGACAUCAGGGCACUGCCGGGAUACCCUGGGCUCCCCUGGGCCCCCCAAGCACUGUGCUGCCUCCCCACAGAGUCACUCGGCACCCGCUGAUCCCGGUGCCGGUCCUGGGCCUGCUGCUGCUGCUGCUGCUGCUGCUGCUGCUGCUCUCGGUCCGGCUGCUGGGCCAGUCCCCGCCCCCCGCCUGGCCCCACCUCCAGCUCUGCUACCUCCAGCCGCCCCCGGUGUGAGGCACGCUUCCCGCCGCCUCAGAGCGAGCAGCGUCUAGUUCAGUGACUUACCUGGGGCUCUUUUUACUGUUAAUCCCGUGGGUGUGCCACUGUGAUUCGGGAUUAUCCCAUUGCCGGGAUCCCGGAUACAGUGCUCCAGGGUCCACAGCCCUGUAUUGGGUUUUUAUGUGAAGUCUCUUGGUUUUUUAACAUUGGCAACUACAUUUCUUAACAAUAGCAAAACACAGCCAAUAAUGGAUUAAGCACUAGGGGUUAUAUUUCCCUCACAAAACAAGUCUGGAGGAGGGCAGUUGAGGACCCACAGCUCAGUCUCCAUAGCACCGGGACCAGCGUGCUGUGAUUCUCUGUGACUCUCUUGGCCCUUCCCCUGUGCUCAGGAGAUGGCAGGUGUUGUAGCUUCAUACAUCAUGUCUGCAGGGAGAAGGGGACACAUCUCUUCCUUUUUAUAAAGAAAAGCAAUAGCCUUCCCAAAGCCAGCAGCAGACUCUGUCUCGUCGGCCAGAACUGUUUGGCAUGACCACCCCUAGCUGCAAGGGCAACUCGGAGAGCAAGCAUCUCUCCUGGCAGAAAGAGGGAGAACAAGAUGUGGGCCAGGCACACACAUAGAUGUCACCAACGGCCAGCAGGAAAGGGUGUGCCAUUUGUUCAUUCAGCAAACACUUAGUGCUCAUCUAUUUGCCAUGGCUAGACCUUAGAAGACAGAAAAAUAGACCCUCCAAUGCCAGGCUGAGGA